AUGAUCCACCCGGAGCCGCACACAGCGGCCUCCAGUCACAGCGCCUCCAGCGGCCUCCAGUCACAGCGCCUCCAGCGGCCUCCAGUCACAGCGCCUCCAGCGGCCAAGACUGUCACCCCAGCCUGGACCACACUGCCUGGACCACUGGGGGCGGAGGGCACGGAGGGGGAGGAGCUGGACAAAGCGCUGGCGAUUGAGCGGCUUGGAGACCUGGUCACUGAGCAGCCAGCGAGAGAACCUCACAGGACCUACAACGAGAAGGACUUUGAGUUUCACCGUCACUCCUCCCACCACAUCCACCACCCGCUCUCCACACGCCUCCCCCCCUCCGUCCGCGUUAAGAGGAAGCUCCCGCGGCCCGAGAAGAACAAGAGAAGGAAGAGGAAGAAAAAGAAGACCUCGGUGCCUCCCUCCGAGGUGACCCCCACCAUUCAGGAGGAGGAUGAGGAGGAUGAAGGGGAGGAAGAGGAAGGCUCAGAGAUCGAGACCCAAAACAAGGAGACAUCAACUGACCAAGAAUUCACCAGCCCCCCCCAGUUCCUGGCUGGCUAUGGAGAGCUGUUUCCGGAGUGCGGGCUGGACGGGAGCUUCACUCUGCUGCCAACAUCACGUUCCUUGGAGAGGGAGGGCCCCGAUAUAUCAGCCAGUCAGGGCAGUGCUGUGUGUUUAGAGGAUGUGGAGAGCCAGUGUAUGCUGGGCUGGGGUGUGCGGGGAGCUCAGUGCCGGGGGCCGGGUGCCAGGGGGCCGGGGGGCCGAGGGACCAGCUAUAACCUGCGGGAUCGCACGUGUAUCGGCAGCAUGACAGCCCUGGAGGCCACGGCCUAUCAGCACGUCCCCACCGACGAGGCCGAGGCACAGCUGCUGGCCGGAGCCGACUUGGACUACAUGAAAAGUCACCGAUUUGAGGACAACCCUGGGGUGCGGAGACACCUGGUGAAGAAGACAUCAAGGUGCCAGGCAGCCAGGACCAGCACCAAGGCCCCCGCCCCCCCCAACGUCAAGAAGAAACUGGAUCGUAAACCACACGAGGUGUUUGUGGAGUUGAACGAACUGACCUCCGAUGGGAAGAAGGAAAUGCAAUGGCGGGAGACUGCUCGCUGGAUCAAAUUCGAGGAGGAUGUGGAGACGGAAACGGACAAAUGGGGAAAACCACACGUGGCCUCGCUCUCAUUCCGCAGCCUUCUGGAGCUCAGGAAGACCAUUGCUCAUGGUGCUGUGUUGCUGGACCUGGAGCAGAAGACGUUGCCGGGUAUCGCUCACCUCGUGGUGGAGACCAUGAUCACCUCGGAUCAGAUCAAAGCCGAAGACAGAGCCAAUGUGCUGAGAGCCUUACUGCUUAAACACAGUCACCCCAAUGAUGAGAAGGAGGGAACCUUCUUUCCGCGGAACCACUCCACCUCCAGCAUGACCUCCCUGUCAGCCAAUCACCACCACCCACAGCGGCACCGGCACGAGGCCUGUGUCACCGUGCCGCUCAUGGGGGAGGAGCCCAUCGAGCUACAGGACAAGGCAUCUGAGUUAGACAAAGAGAAAAGUAUAACUAGCCACACGGCUGAGGGGCAUAAAAAGAGCCACCGGGCAGACCUCAAGCUACUGGAGAAGAUUCCGGAAAACGCAGAGGCCACCGUGGUUUUAGUGGGCAGUGUGGAGUUCCUGGAGCAGCCUGCCAUGGCCUUCGUUCGACUCAGUGAGGGCGUCUUCCUGGAGUCUGUGCUGGAGGUUCCUGUGCCAGUCCGGUUCAUCUUUGUUUUGCUGGGACCCAUCCAAUCCAACCUGGACUACCACGAGAUCGGGCGCUCUAUCUCAACCCUGAUGUCAGAUAAACAUUUCCAUGAAGCUGCCUACAUGGCUGAUGCCCGUCAGGAUCUCCUCAAUGCCAUCAAUGAGUUCCUGGACUGCAGCAUUGUGAUCCCACCAUCCGAAGUGGAAGGCAAGGACCUGCUCAAGUCCGUGGCCUCGUUCCAGAAGGAGAUGCUGAGGAAGAGGAAGGAGCGGGACCAGAGGAAGUCAGUGAAGGAGGGCAGCUUGUCCCUGCUCAAAGAUCCCGGUGAGGAGAAGGAGGAGAUGGAGGAUGAUCCCCUGGAGAGGACAGGAAUGCCGUUUGGGGGAGUUUACAGGGAUAUCAAGCGACGAUAUCCCAAGUACCUGAAUGACAUUCGAGAUGCUCUCCACACCCAGUGUCUGGCUGCUGUCAUUUUUAUCUACUUUGCUGCUCUGUCGCCUGCCAUCACCUUCGGAGGGUUGUUAGGGGAGAAGACGGAGGGGCUGAUUGGCGUGUCCGAGUUAAUCAUCUCUACCUCGGUGCUUGGGAUCAUCUUCUGCCUGUUGGGAGCUCAGCCGCUCCUGGUGAUCGGUUUCUCAGGUCCCCUGCUCGUGUUCGAGGAGGCGUUUUACAAGUUCUGCCAGGCGCAGCGGAUGGAGUACCUGACAGGCCGGGUGUGGAUCGGGCUGUGGCUGAUGGUGAUUGUGGUAAUCACCGUGGCCUUUGAGGGCAGUUUCCUUGUGCGUUACAUCACCCCCUUCACCCAGGAGAUCUUCGCCUUCCUCAUCUCCAUCAUCUUCAUCUACGAGACCUUCUAUAAGCUCUACAAGGUGUUUGCUGAACACCCUCUGCUGAAGACCUAUCCCGCCGUCACCCCGGGUCACAGCAUGAACCACUCUGAGCCGGUGAGCAGCCCGGAGACCCCCGGGGUGGGCAUGCAGCCCAACACGGCCCUGCUCUCCCUCCUCAUGAUGUGCGGGACUUUCUUUGUGGCUUUUUUCAUGAGGAAACUGCGUAACAGUCGCUUCCUGGGGGGCAAGGCCCGGAGGAUAAUCGGAGACUUUGGAAUUCCCAUCGCCAUCCUCGUCAUGGUGCUGUUGGACUACGCCAUCACCGACACCUACACACAGAAACUAAAUGUUCCUAACGGUUUCUCGGUCACAUCUCCUGACAAGCGGGAUUGGUUUAUCCACCCCCUGGGGACAGACCACAGCUUCCCCAUGUGGAUGAUGUUUGCCUCCGCCAUUCCUGCCCUCCUCGUCUUCAUCCUCAUCUUCAUGGAGACCAACAUCACCACGCUGAUCGUCAGUAAGAAGGAGAGGAAGCUGGAGAGAGGGUCUGGGUUCCACCUGGACCUGUUGCUGAUCGGGGUGAUGGGGGGUCUGUGUGCCCUGUUCGGGCUGCCCUGGCUGACAGCAGCCACCGUGCGCUCAGUCACACAUGUCAACGCACUGACCGUAAUGAGCAAAGCCGUGGCUCCGGGGGAGAAACCCAGGAUCGAGGACGUCAAGGAGCAGCGCAUCACUGGCAUCCUGGUCGCUGGCCUCGUGGGUCUGUCCAUUGUGAUGGGGGAGAUACUGCGGCUGAUCCCCCUGUCCGUGCUGUUUGGUAUAUUCCUGUAUAUGGGUGUCACAUCUCUAACCGGCAUCCAGCUGUACGAGCGCACGUUACUGAUGUUCACCCCGACCAAACACCACCCUGACCACACCUUCGUCACCAAGGUGAAGACCUGGAGGAUGAAUCUGUUCACUGGGAUCCAGUUGGCGUGUAUCGUGGUGCUGUGGGUAGUGAAGUCCACUGUGGCCUCACUCGCCUUCCCCUUCAUCCUCAUCCUCACUGUUCCGCUCCGCCACUUCCUGCUGACACGCAUAUUCCAGGACCGGGAGCUGAAGGCGCUGGACUCGGACGAUUUGGGGCCCAACUUUGAUGAAGAUGGACAUGAUGAGUACAAUGAGAUGCACAUGCCAGUCUAACCCAGGGCAGGGGUCGCAGGAGCAAUCCCUUCCCCCCAUCCCACCCACACUGAGACCCUCCCCCCCACAUCUGUGACAGAGAACCCCCACAUCUGGCUAUGUCUACCCCACAACUGUGAACUGUCUGAUUGCGUGGCUAAACCCCCUCCCCCGCACAUCUCCUCCCCCACACAUCUCCUCUCCCUCUCUCCGCUGCAUGUUAGCCUGUAACUGAGAUCCCCCCCACCGCACACGUUUGCGACUGACCUGCCCUCAACAAGACAGCUCUGGGGAGUGAGACUGCCUCACAGCGGGGGGGAGGGGGAGAGAGGAGUGAGAUCCCCCACACACAGAAUCAGAGUCACUGCCACUCGCUGGGGAGGGGUCAGUGAGAUUGUGGGGGGCUGACUGAGGAGCUGACGAUGCUGGUGUUUCAGUGUUGCAGGAUAGGUGGGGCUGUGUCAGUCUGUCAGUGAGGAUGUUAGUGUUCACUCUGGCCUUGGGGCUAAACCAGGGUGUGACUGGGGUAGGCUCCGACAACAACAACUUGUAUUUAUGGAGCAUCUUCAUGCUGGCAGUGUCUGAGUGUUUGCCUUCACUGGGGUUGGGGAUCAAUAAACUUCACUCCCUCACUCCUCCCUCCCUCCCCCCCUUCCUCCCACCCAUCUGGACACCGAGUGUAGUGAAUAUCACGUUGGAGCCACCCCAAGCCAUUGAUCUGAUGGAGGAUGGAUGUGAAUUACAGAAGUCACACCCAGCGAUAAAGUACCAUAAGGGAGCUCACUGGCACACAGACUCAAUCCAGUGACACACACACACACACAGGAUGGUGUUGGCUGGCAGGAGGGAGGCAAAGUUUGAUCUACAAAAGGAACGUCCCUGAUUGGCAGAACGACAAGUGACGUCCCCCAGGGAGUGGACCCCAGCUUUUCACCCUGUAAAUGAACGAGCUCCUAACAGAGAGUGCGGGGCCAUGUGAAGAGCAUAACAGAAGCUUGUGAGAGGAACAGAGACUCAUUAAAUGUUGAACUUGGAGAAGGUGAGAGUAUUGAGGAGAAACGAAUGGUGGGUGGGAGGAAAUCGAUUCUAAAGGGUGAAUGGGGAAGUGCGCGGGGGUUGGGGGGGAAACAAGGGAUUUAGCGUCUGGGUUCAGAAAAUGUCAGAAAAUAAUUUGCUGGUACAAUCUGUCAGGUGAUUGGGAUUGGUUUGGUCUGUGCAGGGAUUUGAUGGGGGUGGGAGAGUUUAUCUGACGUCCAGUCUGUUCCAUGUUUACAAAGGCCACAUGUUGGCUUGGAUUAUAAUAAUACGUACAUUUGAUACAGCGCCUUAUCACG